AUGCCGACAGCCAAGCGCAAAGCCACCGCCUCGCCGGCCGCAUCCGACGACGAUGGCGCGCUGGAGAUAGGGCAGCCUCUCGACGCUCAGUCAGCCCAGGCACACGCCUCUUCCUCGCUCCAAACGCUCGAUGGCGACCUGCGCCAACUCGACCUGUCCACACUCGAAACCUACCUACCGGGACAAAAGCGACGCGUUCUCGAAACUCUCGUCGGCUGUCUCCCAUCAAUACCCACAGCCAUUACUGAGCCCGUCGCCCCGACAUCCGCACUGACCACAGAGGACGAAGACGCGGCGGUGUUUCACGAUUCGAGGAGCAAGGAUGCCGACACCGACGCCCGCCUUCGCGCAUCCUCAUGCGUCGGCCUAGAAGAAGAGUGGCACAACCUGCACGGUAUGCUGCACGCAACCGUCACGAAGCAGGAGAGCAACAGCUGUCUGCUCAUCGGCGCGGCGGGGGCGGGAAAGAGUUUGCUCGUCGGUUCCGUGCUCGAUUCGAUCGACGCGAGCGAAGGUGGGGAGGAAAAGGCGUAUUAUCACGUGCACCUCGCGGGUACGAUCCAGAUCAACGACAGGUCUGCGAUGAAGGAGAUGGCGCAGCAGCUGAUUCUUCAGGGUGCGUUCACCGAAGAGGACGUUGGGGAAGCGAUCGACGCCGAAGCGGUGGAGGACGAAGAGUCGGACGGACCAGUCACCCGCCCAGCAGGGGACCACGUCUUUGGCGGGGACGCCGACGAUUCUGAUUCCGACGAGACCGCCACCCUCACCGCAGCAGCAGACGAGGCCGCCGAAAUGGAUGAGUUGGCAGGGGCAAUUCUGAGCUCGCUCAACAACAUCAUUGCGCACAUCAUCGCGUUGCUCUCCACCACCUCUUCGUCUGCCGCACGCAAACCGCUCAUCAUCACGCUGGACGAGUUCGACCUCUUCACGGCGAGACCGCGGCAGGCGAUGCUGUACUGCCUGCUCGACGCGGUGCAAGCCGCAAGCUACGGGGCGGGCCUAGCGGUGGUCGGGCUGACCAGUCGAGUGGACACGGUGGAUCUGCUGGAGAAGCGUGUGAAGAGUCGAUUCUCGCACCGCAUCCUCCAUGUGAGGCCGGCAGGGUCGUUUGAGGUGUUCGAACGAAUUGUUCGGAACGCCCUUGCCCCGGUUGCCAUCCCGUCGGAGGGACAAGGCUUCACCGAGGCAUGGACGAAGGACAUCUCUUCUCUCUUUGCGCAUCCUCACUUCCGGGAUGUCCUGCGUGGGGUGUACGAACUCACCAACGACGUUCGCACGAUCUAUCGCAUCCUCACGCCCACCAUCGCACGACUCUCCGUACUCGAUCCCACAUUCGACCUUCCCCACCUCCUCGCAAUCACAUCGACCGAGGUCUCCGACGGCCUGACGCACGUCCUGCGUGACCUGACCGAACCCGAGAUGGCCCUGCUCAUCUCGAUCAAGCACCUCCAAACGCGCGAUCGGCCGGUGUUCAACUUUGAAAUGUGCUUUGACGAGUUGCGGCGCUUCGCCGCUCGAGACGCCCGUGAACGUCAAGCCGCCUCGACGGCAGGGUCGGCCGUGACAACGCCCUUUUUUGCGGAUCGCAAGAUCGCCUUGAUGGCAUUUCACGCGCUGCUCAACUUGGAGGUGCUGCUCCCGGAAAACGUGGUGGCGUCCUUGGCCAUGGCGAACCCCGUUGCCAAACCCAGCGCCGCGCCGUUCGCAAGCCAGACAGGCAGGGCCAACCAGAACACCAUCAGGAAGGAGUUUUGGAAGGUCAGAUGCGUUCUUUCGCCCUUUGCCAUCGUAGCCGCCGUCAAGGAUAGACAGCGUCAGGUCGGCAUCAGUUCAAGUCUUGUCAAAUGGGCCAGCUCACACGGCUAG